AGAGCUUAUUUCCACAGCAUGGCUCAAAAGAACCGGCCCUAAUCCCCUUCUCUGCUUGCAGCCGCGCCGGAGAAGAGAGCGAGAGUGCCGCCGCGAUGAGUCACCGCAGGCGACCUCACGCCGCCGGCCCGCCGCCCCCCUCCGAAGGAGGAGGAGAUGCCCCGCCUCAGCCGCCGGGGAAGGCGCCGCAGAUCCGGCCGUGGCCGGAGCGGCGGGUGCUGGCGCUCGCGCUGGCGUUCCGCGCGGCGAACGCGCUGCUGGUGCGCACCUACUUCAACCCCGACGAGCACUGGCAGUGCCUCGAGGUCGCCCACCGCAUUGCCUUCGGGUACGGCCACCUCACCUGGGAGUGGAAGCGGGGCCUUCGAAGUUACCUCCACCCGCUGAUCUUCGCCUCCCUUUACAAGUUUCUGGCGUUCCUCCACCUCGAUACCCCGUUGUUCAUGGUGAUGGCCCCACGGCUUCUACAGUCAGUAUUUGCAGCAUUUGGAGAUCUGUACUUGUAUAAACUCUCCAAACUUAUUUUCAGCGAGCACGUUGCCCAGUGGACAUUAUUUUCGCAAUUGGUGAACUGGUUCAUGUUUUUCUGUAUUACACGGACUCUAUCAAACAGCUUGGAGACAGUUUUGACUGUGGCUGGACUCUAUUAUUGGUUUAUUGCAAUUGAGUCUUCCAAGGAAAUUCCUGUUAUUUCAAAGCAGCAGGCCGCCAGCUACCAAAGUCCUCAUUCAAGAAAAGUGGCGCUACUCAUAGCAGCCUUAGCCUGCGCCAUUCGGCCAACAAGUGCCAUAACAUGGUUGUAUGUUGGUCUUUUGGACUUCAUUUAUAUAAAAUCGAAAUGUCGAUUUCUGUUUCUUGAGGUCAUUCCUCUAGGGGCCAUCGUCCUUGCAGCAACAACAUUCCUUGAUUGGUGGAUGUAUGGUUCCCGGGUCAUCGUGCCACUUAAUUUUUUGAAAUUCAACCUAUUUUCUUCAGGAGGAGAUUACUAUGGAACACACGUCUUCCACUGGUACUUCACCCAAGGUUUUCCAUCUAUGAUUUGGACGUUCUUACCACUUUCAGUUUUUGGAGUCAUAAAGUCUAGAGAAUGGAGGCUUUCAGGUCUAAUUGCCUGGGUAUUAGGGGUUUAUAGCAUACUUGGACACAAAGAGUUCAGGUUUGUUCUUCCGGUGCUACCUUUAGCGUUGAUGUUCUCAGGUUACUUCUUAGCUGCAAUGUCACAAUUCAAGGGUAAAAAUCUGCAUGGAAAAAGACACUUUUCAAGGUUGCAACUUUCUGUUAUUCUUCUCAUCAUAACCAAUAUUCCGAUGGCCUUAUAUAUGUCCCUGUUCCAUCAAAGAGGAACCGAAGAUGUUAUGUUUUAUCUGUCAAAAGAAGCCCAUAAUGGAAGUGUUAAGGGUGUCCUCUUUCUCAUGCCUUGCCACUCAAUGCCUUAUUACUCUACCUUACAUAGCAGCCUACCUAUGCGCUUUUUGGACUGUACUCCCAGUGAUAAUAAAGGGACCCUGGAUGAGUCAGACCGUUUCCUCAUGAACCCACUUGAUUUUGUGGGUGAGGUUUUUGGAAAUCUAUCUUCCUUCAGCCACAUUGUAUUAUUUGAAUCUGAAGAAAGACAUGUUAUUCAGUUGCUUCUGCAUGAUUCCUUUCAAGAGGUUAGGAGGUUUUUCCACUCCCACUUCAAGAUUGACAGAGACCUUCAGUCGUCUGUUGUUGUAUAUUCACGGAGAGAUGUGCUAUGAUUGCUUUGGCCAAGAAAAGCUUGUUACCCCAUCUAACAACCUCUGAUUGUGUUUCACAGUGUUUUACUCCCUUCGUUCCAAAAUAGAUGACCCAACUUUGUACUAAAGUUAGUACAAAGUUGGGACAUCUAUUUUGGAACGGAGGGAGUAGUUUGUUAUUUCUGAAAUUAGCUGUAACACUAUUGGAUACUAGACCUUAGCAAUUUGUUAUGGUUUUGUACCCCUCGACAUGUUGUGCCGAUCCUUUUAUAUGGAUCAGAUUUUGUAUAACAACAUGGAACAUGCAUAAGAAAGUUUCAUAUCCAUGACACAGUUCUAAGAUGAAAGUUAGAAAUGGCAGUAUUUCCUUGCAGCAAUAACUGAUAACAAGAGCGAGGUGUUAUUAAAUUAACAACAUAGAUUUAUUGGUUUCUUGGGACACAUUUUUGUCAUUUAUUUGAAAGGUUCAGUACAUCUUCUUAAUGCCACAAAUGGCAUGCUGCUUAUGCUUAGUGAAAGUGGGAAAAAAAUGGACUUUUUUGUAACCUUUCACUUUUUCCCUGUUGUUGGAAGGGGACCAAAUCCCUAGGCAUGGUAAGUGGUAAUGUAUAUCUAUCUGGCCAGAUGCUUGUUUUAUCUGUCUACUUGUGAAAUCAGCAGUUCUCAGAACAUUAUGACAUUUCCUUUAUGUUGUUGUGCACUUGUGUAGAUAAUGCAAGCAGCAUUCUUUGCUUUAAGGCCACAUCACAAGGUGUGUAAGUUACUCUUCUUAUUGUUAAUUGUGAAUCUGUUCACCCAGCGUAUAUAAUCUUAUAAUUGUUGUUUCUGCUGGCUAUAUCGGAAAGUAUAUAUAGUGUUAACUGUCAAGCUGAUUUCUCAUGUAAUUACUUUCUCUACAUUUCUGCAAGAGGCUGUUUCCAGGACUCGAACCCGUGAUCUCAUGGUCACAAGGCAACAGCUUUACCGCUGCUUUGCGAUUUGAUUCACAUUCACUUUUGUGAUUGUAAAAUACUAGAAUUUCCUUGAUGUAUUAUCACCAAUUUCCAUGAUGUAAAAUAAAAUUGGUGUUGAAGAUUUA